AUUAAUCGUUGUUGUCUGCUGCACACUCAUCCGACCAUAUAUGUUCAUCUUACCCAAUCCUCUCGAUGGAGCCUACCGUCUUCACCCCUUCGCUUCGAGGAGGGGUUGGAAACAAAAGUUGAUGAGAAUGGUUCCCUGAAGCGCCAGCCCCAACGCCAGCAAAGAGCGGGGCGUACAACAGCAUCGUAACGCGGGUACACAGUCAUUCACCGACAGCAUAUAGAGUUUUUUUCAUCGUGCAACUCGGAGAAUAUGGACGCUUUGGUCAUUUCGUGGCAUCGGUAGUAGAAGGGUUUACGGCGGACCGCCUCCGUGUACUUGGGGACUUUUGUUUCAGCGGGUCAUCCAUGAUCGCGCCGCCGUGAGCACUGUCAUGGUUCAUGUUCAACAGGACCUUCGGUUGUAUUUUAUCGUGAAUUGUACAACACAGUUUCUCAGAACUCUCUUCCUGGAGUGGUCAUGCAGCAAUGGACCAACAGCAACGCGUUCUGUCUGGAGGAGCUCAACAGAAUGAAUCGCUUGCUUUCAAGGAUGGUUCACCGCAGUCAGGUGUAGUGUCACAUCUGGACGACAAGCAAGUUGGUUGUUUGACGAACAGUGGCGCUUGCUUUCAGGGAUCUCCGAAUGAAGGAAAUGCGCCCACUUGUGAAGAAGCUCGUCAACGAAUCUACCGUGAGAGUUUCCGGGUUUCGAAAGCGCAAUGCAACAACAGCUGUUCUGGAACCGUUGUUGGGCCGGAGAGGCGACGGAAGCGAGAUGACGCCACCAGUGACGAUCCUGGUCGUUCUAUGUUAGCUCAAAUGAGGGCACCUGACGAAACUACGAGCAAUACACAGGAAGAGUUUGACAGACAGAAGAUGGGUCCCAUGUUGCAGGUGGACAGAGAGGAUCCAGCAAGCCACAUUACCUCGGUGGAAAGGCAACAAAGAAUCAGACGCGCUGCAAAUCAUCGUGCGAGCGGCUGCUCUGACGGAAUUAAAAGCUCUUCAGAGCCCGAACGAAGCUGUGAAGAUGCUAUUAAAUAUCCGAACAAGAAACAGUGUAAGAGUUUUCCGAGAUCUUCGUCUAACAAUAAUAAAAUGCAUCCACGUAGCAGGCACAGCACUAAUAGCGUUGACUACGGGGUGCUGGGAGAGAAGUAUCCUGAGCUGAAAAAGUUCCUUGCCCCCAAAAAGUAUGCGGGGUUUUCUCUUGAUAUGACGACUACCAUGGCCAUCUACGAGCUGUCCAAAGCAAUUAUGAUGGAGUUUUACGGACUGAAGUUCGAAUUACCCUUACAUGACGGCCAUUUCCUUGUACCGUGUAUUCCAUCAAGAGCGAAUUAUAUACACCAUAUAGCCGAUCUGUUGGUCGACGUUGAGAAAGAGGGUGCAUUAUAUCUGGCUCUGCACGGGCGCGAUGGCGUUUCCUCUGCAGUUCGGCAUGCCGUACAAGAAGCUCAGCCACUUCGGGGUAAGCAUAUCAAGGUUUUGGAUAUUGGUGUUGGGGCAAACUGUGUGUAUCCUCUACUGGGCUGCACCGAGUAUGGAUGGACAUUUGUAGGCUCCGACAUUAGUGAGCGUUCUCUGGAGUUAGCUCGUGAAAAUGUGAACCUCAAUGGCCUUGAGCCAUGUGUGCAUUUGCGACACCAGCAAGAUCCAGCGAAGUUUUUCUCUGGUGUCGUCGAGAAUGGAGAGUUGUUCGCACUCUCUAUGUGCAAUCCGCCAUUCCAUGAGUCUACCGACCAGGUUAAUGUUUGCCCAUUCCGGGUUCUUGAGGCCCAGAACCACGAGGUGGUAUGCGAAGGCGGCGAGCUGAACUUCAUAAUGAGUAUGAUACGUGAGAGUCGAGCUUUCUGCUCUCAGUUCAUGUGGUUCACUUCGUUAGUGGCAAGGGCUUCUACCUUGAAAACAGUGAAAAAGUUUCUUUGGGAAGAGUUACGCGCGUUCGCCGACAGCCCGGGUCAGGUAGAGCAUAUGCGUACAAGGUGGAAGAGCACAAUCGCCGGGCAGAGAGGACAAACUUCAUCCGGAGACGAGGCACAAAUAUCGUUAUCGACAAUUGGAGUGCCACUGAGAGUAACAGAGUUUCGCUGUAAAGAGCUGUAUCAAGGGAAACAAACCAGGUGGGUUAUAUGCUGGACAUUUUGGACGAGGGAACAGCGGAAACAAGUGAGGGAGUUUUUUGAAGGAAGCAAAGAAGUCUCUGAACCUGCAGCCACGGAUUCCAUCGGCUCGUCCCCAGUUACGUGACUGUCAAAUGUGGUUUACGUCAACCACGCGAGUGAAGCGAAAGUCGGUGACACCGUCAAGUCCAAACUGAUGGUGGAAAGAUGUGAAGGAUGAAGGCAAACAAUGAACGGACGAAACAACUGCAGAACAAUUAGACGCAGAUCUGUCAAAGAUCAUGCGUUGACUGCAUUGUCACUGGCGACAAUUCAUGUGACGAAACUGCAGGGAACAGCGCCCGCGGCCGAUGACAAUUCGUGUCGUAUGGGAGCGCAGAAGGUGUAACAGUCAUAAGAUAGGGAUGCUGCGUCUGCAUCAGAUGCUGCAGUGGUGGGGCGUGGAGCAAACU